GUGAAUGGGUGGGUAGAUGAUGGAUGGAUGUUGGAAGGAUGGAUGGUGGGAUAGAUGGGUGGGUGGAUGGAUAAUUAGUUCUUGAGUACCCACUCCGUAAUAACUACAAUAACUGUCUACUUCCUGGGAGUUUUAUAUACCUUACCUUCCUCCCUCCCUCCCUCCUUCCUUCCCUUCCUUCCUCACUCACUCCCCUUUUCUCCUUCCUUCUGUUCAGUCAACAAAUAGUGUCGGGUACCAGCACUGCAAAUGCAAUUGUGAACAAAAACAGAGAGCAUCCUUGCCUUCCUAGAGCUUGCAAUAUAGUGGGGGAGACGAACGUCAGUGAAACAUAAAUGGAAAACUGUUGCUAUGAUAAGCGGUACAAAGUAGAGGUAGCCAGUCCUACCAGGACCUGUAAAAUGGAGAACUUGACCUAGUCAGGGAGACCUAAGACUUCCUUGAGGAGGCCGAGGUUGAGCGAAUGCCUGCAGGACAGAUAGGAGUUAACUAGGCCAAGGAGAGGAGAGAUUCCCCCACAGAAGGGGGCGCACACACAUAGCCCCCGUGGUGGGAGGAGCAUGGUGUGCACAGAGCAGGAGUAGGGGGAGCUUGAGGGGCUACGGAGAGAUGGAUCGGGACAGCUAAUGGGGCUGGAAUGGCAGGACCUUAGGGAAGGUUCUGUUUUUCUUCCACAGGAAGAUGUGGAUGAGUUUUCAGAUGGGGAUGCAGGUGAGGAUGGAGAUGAUUAGGUGGCUACUGACUGCAGCUGGCCGGACCAGAGAGAAUGGGGCGCCAGCCAAGGCAGCAGUGGUGGACCUCAGAGCAGUAGAUGAGUUUGCGAUUUUUACAGGAGAGGCUGAAGCAGAGGAUGCGGACAGCCCCGCAAGUUCCCACAAGCCCCUCGCCUGGCUCCCCCCGCAGGGCCAUCAGCUGGACAUGACUGAGGAGGAGCCAGAUAGGACCCUCGGAAGUCCGGAGGUGGAGGAUGCGGGAGAGAGCUGCCCGAGGUUGGGGUAUGAGGCUGGUCUCAGCUUGGAGGGCCAUGGAAACACCAGCCCCAUGGCUCUUGGGCAGGGUCAGGUCAGGGCCUGGGUGGCUUCUGGCGAACAAGCCGGUGGAGACAAACUUUCCGAACAUUCCGAGGUCAACCCAUCCGUUGAGCUCAGCCCGGCAAGGUCCUGGAGCAGUGGGACUGUGAGCCUUUACCACCCUAGUGACAGCCUUGAUUCCACUUGGGAAGGAGAGAUCGAUGGCUCCCCGCCCACUGCCCUGGCGGAAACCUUGCCAGAGAGCCCCAGCCACCACCUCCUGCACCCAGAUGACAGAACUGGAGGCAGUGUUGCUCAGGCAACCCUCAUGGAAUUCCAGGACUCCUCGGCUCCCCCAGCCCAGAGUCCACAGCGUGCCGCAGAUAGAUGGAGGAGAGAAACGACCAGAUUCGCCUGCCCGCAGCCCGAGGAACACAUCUGGAAGCUGACAAAGACAUCACCUAAGCCACUCCCUUCCCGAUUCAUUGGCUCCAUCAGCCCCCUGAAUCCUCAGCCCAGGCCAAUCCGGCAGGGCACGCCGCUGCCCAGACAGGGAGCCACUCUGGCUGGCCGGUCCUCUUCUAAUGCCCCCAAGUAUGGCCGGGGGCAGCUGAACUACCCACUCCCUGAUUUCUCCAAGGUAGGGCCCCGGGUGAGAUUCCCCAAAGAUGAGAGCUACCGUCCCCCCAAGUCUAGAAGCCAUAACAGGCAGCCUCAGGGCCCUGCCCGGCCCCUCAUCUUCAAGUCACCAGCCGAGAUUGUGCAGGAGGUGCUGCUGAGCAGUGGAGAAGCAGCCCUGGCGAAGGACAUGCCUCCUGCCCAUCCCAUCACCAGGGUACCACAAGAAUUUCAGACGCCUGAGCAAGCCACUGAGCUUGUUCAUCAGCUCCAGGAAGACUACCACAGACUCCUCACGAAGUAUGCUGAGGCUGAGAACACCAUUGACCAGCUACGCCUUGGGGCCAAGGUACCAGGCUGGGGUGGGGUGGAGGCGUGGGCCCGAGUCCCCGAGAAGGUAACACUUUUCCGCAGUCCUAGAGAAAGGUCACUGCCUCCUCCAUCUAUUGAGGCCCUGGAGAUAGUGGAGCGCCAGUUUUUGUUCUACCCCAAGGUCCCUCUGUGACCUUGCCCUCCCUGGGCUCUUUUUUUAUUUUUUAUUUUUAUUUUUGAAUCAGGGUCUUGCUCUGUCAUCCAGGCUGGAGUGCAGUGGCACGGUCA